UUGUGUGUGAAACGGCUUCCUUGCGCCUUGCCAACAAUUUUCGCUCAUCUGGACAAUGGAGCUUCCACUUUUACUAAUGUGGACAAAUCGAAUUUGGAAGAAGUAAGAGCUGUGAUAGAAGACUUUAAUAAAGUGGCUGCUCCAUAUGCCAAACUUUGGAAAGGGCAAACAAAUCCGGCAUUUGAAUCUUGGAGUCAAGAUAGAGCUGAUGUUGAGUUAUUGACGAUAAUAUGCAGUCUUUCUUUCAGUCGCGCCGUUUCAAAUCCACAAUUGCUCAACAACCAUUACGCUCCUUUUAGUAGCGGGGUGAAACGGUCCGUUGGUAUCGAAAUCAACGACCUACCUGCGAGAUAUGGAUCAGCGAUGGGUGAAGAUUUUUCUAAAUGGAUGAAAUGGUGGAAGAAGAAAUGUCGUCCCUUUCAGUUGAUUCAUGGUGAUAUGUUGGAUGAACAAUAUAGAAAUAUGAUCACUCAGGUAAAGCAAAUGACUUUCUUCUCUCUCUCUCUCUCGAAAUGA